UCGAGCUGAGGCGAAGAAGAAGAGAGUCCAUGGUGUUUUCCUGGGUGGAUGGCCCGCUCUGGAUCUAGCCUGUCAAAACUACCCUGAAACGGCAACAACGUGGGAUAAAGUCAGUGAAAUGUGCUGUUUAGAACUGAAGUGUGCCUGAAACUACAACUGGCCCAAAAGAGAAGUCCACUGCUCCCCUUCCCAGCCUCCCGCUCCUCACCCUCUCUGAAACACAGCUCUCACCAUGAAUGAAGUUAAUGUAGUCAGAGAGGGCUGGCUUCAAAAAAGAGGUGAAUAUAUCAAAACAUGGAGGCCCAGGUAUUUCAUCCUAAAGAAUGAUGGCUCCUUCAUCGGCUACAAGGAGAAACCUGACCUAAACAACCAGAUUUCACCACCACUCAACAAUUUCUCAGUGGCAGAAUGCCAGUUAAUGAAGACAGAAAGACCCCGGUCGAACACGUUUGUCAUCCGUUGCCUACAGUGGACCACAGUUAUUGAACGCACCUUUUAUGUGGAUAGUAAUGAGGAAAGAGAGGAGUGGAUGCGUGCUAUACAAUCUGUGGCAAAUAGUCUGAAGAUGCGAGAACAGGAGGACGAGGAACCAAUGGAUAUGUUUGGCUCUCCCAGCGAAAGCAGCCUGGAAGAGAUGGAGGUGGCGAUGUCCAAGAGCCGCAACAAAGUGAAUAUGAGUGACUUUGAGUACCUGAAGCUGCUCGGCAAGGGGACAUUUGGGAAGGUGAUUCUUGUCAAAGAGAAAUCUACUGGAGUACAUUAUGCCAUGAAAAUACUGCGCAAGGAGGUCAUUAUAGCCAAGGACGAGGUGGCCCACACAGUUACAGAGAGCAGAGUGUUACAAAACACACGACAUCCCUUUCUCACGACAUUGAAGUAUGCUUUCCAAACUCAUGAUCGACUCUGUUUCGUAAUGGAAUAUGCCAACGGAGGCGAGCUCUUCUUCCACCUGUCAAGGGAGCGAGUGUUCACAGAAGACCGGGCACGCUUCUAUGGAGCAGAGAUCGUGUCGGCCCUCGAGUACCUGCAUUCAAGUGACGUCGUUUACCGUGAUCUGAAGCUGGAGAAUCUGAUGCUGGACAAAGACGGCCAUAUCAAAAUUACCGACUUCGGCCUCUGUAAGGAGGGCAUUACUCCAGAUGCUACCAUGAAAACCUUCUGUGGAACCCCUGAAUAUCUCGCACCUGAAGUCCUGGAAGAUAAUGACUACGGCCGGGCGGUGGACUGGUGGGGUCUGGGUGUGGUCAUGUAUGAGAUGAUGUGUGGACGCCUGCCUUUCUACAACCAGGACCAUGAGCGUUUGUUUGAGCUCAUCCUCAUGGAGGAGAUCCGCUUCCCCAGGAACCUGUCGCCGGAGGCCAAGUCCCUGCUUGCUGGCCUGCUCAAGAAGGACCCCAAACAGAGGUUAGGUGGAGGUCCCAACGAUGCCAAAGACGUGACGACUCACAAAUUUUUCGUCAGCAUCAACUGGCAGGAUGUGGUGCAGAAGAAGCUCACCCCACUCUUCAGACCACAAGUGACAUCAGAGACAGACACCCGGUACUUCGAUGAAGAGUUCACGGCGCAGACCAUCACACUUACCCCUCCGGACAAGUAUGCCAGUCUGGACUGUGAGGAUCCCACGCAGCAACAAGCACAUUUCCCCCAGUUUUCCUAUUCUGCUAGCAUUAGAGAGUGAUAGCGUCUCUGACACACACACACACACACACAGACAUACACACACAAAAACACAAGAGGCAUGAACACCACGGCAACAUCCCUUACAGCUGUAAUAAAACAAAACAAAAACAAAGACCAGAUCCAUGGUCCCUGCAGGUUGGAAGUGCCUCGGCCGGUGGCCGUAUCACUCAGUGUAGAAAACCACCUUCAACCCCAGCACAGACAAAGCCUGGCCACUUUUGGCUGCACUGUAUCAAACUGGACUCGAGUACCUCACACAGUCAUCAGCACAACGCAACAACACAAUCAGGACUCCGUGUGUAGCACCUUCAGGCAGCCUGUAAACAGCUGCUGAUGCUGCUGCUGCUGCUUUUUCGGACUGUAAAGCGCAUGUUCUCCGGGUGCGAUGAGAAGCCAUACAGCUCCUUCAUGACGUUUCCAAGUGCUCUUCUUCACAAAAUCGCUCUUACCACUGCUGAAAAAGUCCCGGUUGGUCUGUGAGGGGAGGAAGAAGUGUGGCAGCCUGUAAGGCGUGUGUGUGUGUGUGUGUGGAUAAUUUUUUUGUUUGUUUGUCGUUGAAAAUGGGGGGGUGCGUCCGAUCCAAACUGUGUGUUUUUAUAUGACACUUGCCCGACGUGCAUUAGGAACAAAAGACGAAUAAGAACGCGCGGCAUGUCUCCGCGGAGAGAGGAAAAAAAAAAAGCUUUGACAGAGUGAAGCACGACGAGUCGCAGAAACAUGCUGUCCUCCCCCUUUUUUUUUUUUAGAACUGUAUGCAAUGGAAAAGAAAAUCACUUUUACUAUCAACUCAGACUGUGAUCUUUAACACAUCUGUCAAAAUGCAACACAACAAUUAACGGGAAUUGGGAAUACCUUAAUGCACAAGGUGUAUAUGUUAUUUAAACAAGUUUCUUCUUUUUUUCUUUUUUAAUUCUGACAGAAUUCACAGCAGCCGUGUGAUUUAAGAGGCUCGCGAAGCACUUACGCGAUUUAAGCAGACCGUAUUUCUUUCACGUGGCCCAUGUUCAUAUCGAAGCCGCUCGCGUCCUGGAUCGCGUCGACCUUAAUCGUGUCCCGUAAAAAGGUUUAUAACAAAUAUGAGAAACUGACGGUCGGUAUCAAACGUCAGCUUUAAGGCAUGAUAUAGCUUUUUGCUUCUUUGUUUUGUUUAGUUUUGAUAGAAAUAUAGAAACACUCAGAAAGUAAUUUAUCACCUUCAUCCAAGAGAAUUAGGGCUGUGGGCUAUCGAAUUAUUGUCAUUAUCGGUUCUUUUUUUUUUUGGUUUAUAAAAUGUCAGCAUUUUGUACACAAACCAAAGAUACUGUACUUCCUGUCGCAGAGGAAAACAUUUACAGUCAAGGACCUGAGAUCAGUUUAAUCGAUGAAUUGUUGCAGCCCUGAAGAGAAUCAUUUUGGUAUGUGUGUGUGUGUGGUGGGGCAAAAAAACCCAUAACCAGCACCAAACUGAGUUUGUAGCACUUUGAGAGAGAACAAGUUCCUUUUUUUAAUCAUCAUCAUCAUUUCAUGACCUUCAAAGCUAGUUCUCUAGUCUAAUCGUGUCACUGAUUCUUUAUCUCUGUAGCUAAAAUCACCAUCUCGUUCUUACCUUUGCUGGAGAUUGUACAUGUUUUUUGUGUCGGCCAUCUUCCUUUAAAUCUAAACCGUUUGUUGGUGCCAUGAGAUUUGAUUGGAUUUAUCAUCAUCAUCAUCAUCAUCAACAACAAACAACAAAAACGAGAGAUCCAGUGAUUAGCAGUGAUCUCAGUGAUAUCAUGAACAUGGUCCAUUGUUAGAUUUUGUGUUUUUAGUGCAAUGUAGACUUGCGACGGUGUCUUUUGUCAUCUUCCCAUUUAUUAUUAUUAUUAUGAACAUCAUGAAAUGAUAAUCAGGAGGCGCGCAGAGAUCCUGGGUGUUUGUGAUGCUGUACAUGAGUCACUCGUGAUAAAAGAGGGAGAAGAAAAAAGACCCAGCUCACGGAGCCUUCUAACCACAGAUGCUGUUCUGAAAUAAUUUCCGUUAUAUUUUUUCUGUUUUUGUCUUCGUUUAUCUUCUACUCUUGACUUCCCGAAUUCCCCCCCCCCCUCCCCCGUCCUCAACCUGCGUCGCAAAUGGUCUCAAAUGAAGAGGACAUUUGUAUUGGUUGACGGAAGAAAAAAAAAAGGAUGUUUUUCAGUUACAUUAUUCUAUUAAACAGUGUCAUUUCUUUUUGUUUAUGAAUGUAAUUCUGAGAGACAAAUGGUCCAAUACACAUUUUUAACUGUCUUAAUACA